CCUAAUCAUUGUGCCGGCUUCCUUCAGGUCAGUGUGAGCGCAUUCCAUGCUGCCUGCAGAAGGGAACAUUGGAUGCGGAGGGAGAGCGGGAGCGGAUAUGAUACAGUGAAAGGGUCUGUGCGGCUGUUGUUAGCAGUGCUCUGUGAGGCCUAAGAAGGAGGAGCAACCUGCCCAGAGUCCCUGCAGGACAGGAAAAAGAGAGAAAUCAGGACAUGGAAGAACUCCACAGUGAAAAUGAAGGAGUAAUUUCCAGCCAAGGAAAGAUGGAACAUGAAGAAAAACCACAGGACGAGGGAAAGCCAGAAGUAGUUUGUUCUCUGAGGGACAAGGGAACCUUAGAAAAUGAGGGAAAAGUAAAAGAUGAGGACAUUCUAAAGGAUAAGGAAAAGCCAGAGAAUGAGAGAAAAGCAAAAGAGAAAGGGAAGCCAGAGAGUGAGGGAGAGCCCAAAGAGGGAAAGCCAGAGUGUGAAAUAAGGGCUGCCAUAAAACGCCCUGCUGAGGGUGACAUACCCAAGAAAGCCAAAAGAAAAACCAACAAGGGGCUGGCUCAGUACCUUAAGGACUAUAAAGAGGCUAUACAUGAUAUGAAUCUCAGCAAUGAGGAUAUGAUAAGAGAAUUUGACAAUAUGGCUAAGGUAAAGGAUGACAGGAGAAAAAUCAAGCAGAAAUUUGGAGGUUUAUUUUGGAUGCAAAGAAAUUUACAAGACCCCUUCUACCCAAGGGGCCCACGGGAAUUCAGGGGUGGCUGCAGGGCCCCACGAAAGGACAUUGAAGACAUUCCUUAUGUGUAGUGCCCCUGGCAGGCAUUUGCCAGGCCCUGUGUUUUAACCUUAUGCAAAUGCUUUAGGUAACCCUGCUUUAACCAGCAGCCCUGUCCACACAGCUGCAGCCUUCUAAUUUCAGUGGUAGAUUUUCAUUUUUUGCAUGGAAAAAUGUUUAUAGUGCAUUGUAAAAUUAACUUGCAGAGCUACACAUGGCAUCAACCCACCUUUGUAAAUUAAAUUUCCUCAAUCUAUUAUGUAGGGAAAACAACU